AUUUAGUUCCAUUUCAAAAUUCGACGAAAAAUAUCGUGGAAAAUAUUUAGCGGACGGAGUUUUUCGUCGGGCUCGCGAGAAAAAAGAGACAGAAAAUAAGAGAGUGUUGCGUGUGCGUGAGUGAGACAACGCGAAAAGUUUGAGAGGAUCGGAAUCAUGGCGAGUGUUUUUUUAUAAUCAAAUUUCCACAGCACUUUCCACGUAUAUUCGUAAAUGAAGCUAAAAAAAUUCUCUUUUAAUUUGGCAUAAAUUGUAUUUGUAUCUUGAAAAAAAGUAUAUUCUUGUAAAUACAUCCUCUUCGUAAAUUAUUUUACUCAAAAAGUCUUAAAAUAUUGAAUUCAAUUGGAAAUUUCAAUUUCAAACGGGGUCACUCGAAAUUCGUCAGUGAUUCGCCACGUUUUGUACAAACAUAGUUUGUAAGCGCAGUCGGAAAAUAGGAAAAUAGGCGAACGGAACCCAAAACGCGAAAAUCCGAAAACCAAAACCCCAAUGCAAGCCAACUGAGUGCGAGGGAGACAGCCGACCACGUCGAGCGGGAUAGCAUGCGCCAAUGAAAACGUCCCACCAUCCAAAAGUGUCCGAUUUCGUUGACUACGCCGUUGCCGGGGGCGGGGGAUCCGGAUUCUGUCCGGGAUUAGGAGCGGGUCUAUCACUCAGGGCGACAUCCUUCUACGGCGAUCAAACGGUAACGGCAGCUGCGGACGGGACGCGUCACCAGGAACAACAACAACAGCAGCAGCAACUCACUCAAAGGCAUCCUGCAACAUCCACAUCAACCGCAUCAGCAGCUGCAGCAGCAACCAGCAAGCGAAAACGUCAAACAGAUUGUGAUUGCGGCUGCGUAGACUCAUAUAACUCCAGCCACGGCCCGCCAGCGCAGCAGGACUCUUCAGCAGCAGCGGGAGCAGGAUCUGGAGGAUCGAAAGCGGGAUCGGGACCAGGACCAGACGGAAUCGGGAGGAUCAGCAGCCUCAAAACGGCGCACACAAAGGUCGCCACCUCGGGGGGUCAUGCCAACACGCAGCCCCCCAGCAAAAGGUCGAGCAGCGGAGCGGAUGGCGACUACCAGCUGGUGCAGCACGAGGUGCUCUAUUCCCUGUCGGCGGAGUAUGAGGUACUGGAGUUCUUGGGCCGCGGCACCUUUGGCCAGGUGGUCAAGUGCUGGAAGCGCGGCACCUCCGAGAUCGUGGCCAUCAAGAUCCUGAAGAACCAUCCUUCGUACGCGCGGCAGGGCCAGAUCGAGGUCUCGAUCCUUUCGCGCCUCAGCCAGGAGAAUGCCGACGAGUUCAACUUUGUGCGGGCCUUUGAGUGCUUCCAGCACAAGAACCACACCUGCCUGGUAUUCGAGAUGCUGGAGCAGAACCUGUACGAUUUCCUCAAGCAGAACAAGUUCUCGCCGCUGCCCCUCAAGUACAUAAGGCCCAUUCUGGAGCAGGUAUUGACUGCCCUGUUGAAGCUGAAACAACUGGGUCUGAUCCAUGCCGACCUGAAGCCCGAGAACAUCAUGCUGGUGGACCCAGUGCGUCAGCCCUACCGCGUCAAGGUGAUCGACUUCGGUAGCGCCUCUCACGUGAGCAAAACGGUCUGCAACACCUACCUGCAGUCGCGGUACUACCGUGCUCCCGAGAUCAUCCUGGGUCUGCCCUUCUGUGAGGCCAUCGAUAUGUGGUCACUGGGCUGCGUGGUGGCAGAGCUCUUCCUCGGCUGGCCGCUCUAUCCGGGCAGCUCGGAGUUCGACCAGAUCCGCUACAUCUCACAGACACAAGGCCUGCCCACAGAGCACAUGCUGAACAGCGCCUCGAAGACCUCGAAGUUCUUCUACCGCGACGUGGACUCGACGUAUCCCUUUUGGCGGCUAAAGACCACCGAGGAGCAUGAGGCGGAGACGAACACCAAGAGCAAGGAGGCGCGCAAGUACAUCUUCAACUGUCUGGAUGACAUUGGGCAGGUGAAUGUUCCCACCGACUUGGAGGGAGGUCAGUUGCUGGCGGAGAAGACGGACAGGCGGGAGUUCAUCGAUCUGCUGAAGCGCAUGUUGACCAUUGAUCAGGAGCGGCGACUCACGCCCGCAGAAGCGCUGAACCACUCGUUUACACGGCUGACCCAUCUGGUUGACUAUGUCUACUGCAACAAUGUCAAGGCAUCCGUGCAGAUGAUGGAGGUGUGCCGCCGAGGCGAUUUCCACACGGUGCAGCCCGCGUCGACGCUGGUGACCAACUUCGUGCCCUCGAGCACGGAGAACAUGACGUUCACGAUCAACAACCAGUUGACCAGCCAGGUGCAGCGCCUAGUGCGCGAUGGUCGUCCUCUGGCCUACGAGGGACUCUACCAGAUCUACAACGGACGCAGUGUGGCCCGACAGUAUCCGCAGACCCGGACGGAUAGCUUCCAGCACCAGCUGGUCUCGAACAUCCUGUGCCCGCCCUCGUACCAGACGAUGCCCAGUCCCACCAAGCAUGUGGUGGUGGGCAGUGCCACCAUGCAGCCACCGUUGCAGGUGCCGCCGCAGCAGUACGUCAAUGUGCCCGUACCGGUUUCCAUGGUGGAGCCAACUUCUGGUCAGAGAAUGCUCCUCACGAAUCGUGUGCAGGCCAGCGGAGUAGCCUGGCCACAGACUGGAAGGCAGAUGGCCUUGGUGCCGUCGUGGCCGCAGCAGGCGCCCGCCCACUCGCUCAUCGUGGACUCGACGCCUCUCUUCAAUGUGGAGGAGAUCUAUCCCAAGCACCACCUCAACUUGCCACGCAACGAUCUCAAGAAGGAGUCGCCGGCUCAUCAUAUCGCCAAGGGCAACUCUUAUCGCGUGCCGCGCCACGAGAAGAAGGAGCACCAGCAGCUGUCGCCGGUUAAGAAGCGGGUGAAGGAAAGCUCGCCGCCCCACCAGCAGCGGUACCAGCGCGCAGCCCACGUGUCGCCGCAGUACCACACGCACCACAACUGCAACUACGGGAAUGGCAGUGGCUACAGCGCCAGUGCCGGAUCGGUGGUGGCCUCCUCGGCUGCCUCCGCUAGCAACAUUGUGAAUGGUAGCUCGUCGAGCUCGCACCAUCAUCACGUCCCCGUCGCCCAUGCCCAGCCGUACAGCAGCUCCUCAGGUCACCACAUUGUGAGCAACUGCAACGCCAACGGAGGAGCCGGAGGAGCAGUGGUGUACCAACAGCCACCGGCACAUGCCCAUCAGCAGCAUGGCCAGCAGCCGCAUCCGCAGAGUUCGCAGCAUCCGCAGCACGUGAAGCAGCCGACGAUAACCAUCCACGACACGCCCUCGCCCACGGCUGUGAUAACGAUCUCGGACAGCGAGGACGAGGGCGGAGAGGCUGGAGGAGCCCAGGUGCCGGUGAUGAAGCAACGGGCGCAUGCCCAGUCGCAGACCAGCAGCAGUCUGCUGCAGCACGCGCCAAGCUCCUCCUGUAGCAGGAGCAGCGCCCACCAGCAGCCGCAUCCACAUCCCCAGCAGCAACAGCAACAGCAGCAGCAGCAGAUAAACUAUGGUAAUGCUCAGACUCAGAAUCAGAAUACGAAUCCGAAUCAGAACCAACUGGGAAGCAACAGCGGCAAGGGUAGCCAGCAUAGCAGUAGCCAUAGCAGUAACAGUAGCCACAGUAGCAGUAGUCACCACAACCACCACCACCCUCAUCAUCUGAAUCCGUCUCAUCAUCUGAAUCCGCCUCAUCAGCCAGCGAGUGGAAGUGGAAUAGGAACGGGAGCGGGAUCGGCAGCGGGAUCGGGAUCGGGAUCGCAGUUUCAGCAUCAGCUUCAGUCACAGCCUCCGAGUCACACUCAGCCGGCGACGCAUCCUCAUUACCAAGCCACGUCCACGUCCUCCUCCACGUCUGCUUCCACUUCCAGUCACCAUCAGCAUCAUCCCCAUCAUCCCGCCCCCACCUCCUCCUCCUCUGCCAUGUCCUCCUCUUCCGCUCAGUUUGGUGCCCCUGUCCUCUGCCCCAGUUCCUCCCAAUCUCAGUCGCAUCUCAGUCGCCAUAAGUCAUCGCACGUCCAGCUAGUAAUUCCAUGCGUAACCGUAGGUGAUCAUGAUCCGGAAGAUGCCCGUCGUCGUCAUCAUGCCGCCGCCGCAGCCGCCGUGGGAAGUCCCAAGCAUCACCAUCAUCAUCAGCAACAGCAGCAACAACCUGCUCCUCCUCCACAGCAGCAGCAACAGCAGCAGCAGUACCAACCGCAGCCACCGCCGCAGCAGGUGUUGCCCCAGCCACAGCCCAGCAUCAAGUAUGAGCCCGGCCAGUCGCAAAAGAAACGCAUCUUGGCCAUGGCCCAAAGCGAGUGUGGCUACCAGCCGCAGGCACCCAGCCAGCCCUCAUCUUCGGCCAGUUUGCCGCACAUUCCCACCAAGCAGGAGCCAGCCGAGUUCUAUCCUGAGUAUGCUGCUGCUCCGCCGCAACAGUUGGACACGAAGCGCUCCUCCUGGGCUCCAACAUCUUCGGGCUCUGGGGUGUCCGCUCUGCCGCUUGCUCAUCCAAAGCGCGAGGCUCCCUCUGUAGCGCCCAUAAGCUAUGUGGCCCCGACUGUGGCUCCACCAUUGGCCCACUCCAAGAGCAGCUCCACAUCGUCGUCUUCGUCGAUAAGCGCUGCGACUGCCGCAGCAGCUGCUGCAGCUGCAGCGGCGGCGGCCAGCGUCGGUCCUCCAUCGUGGGGUCCUCCACAGGUCUAUCGUCAGCCUUCACAGCCGCCGCCGGGCAGCGUGGGACUGCCAGGAAGCACCCAGCCACCGCCGUCGAGUGUGGCCCCGCAUCCGCAUCAUCACAGUCAUGGACAUCAUCAUCACCAGGCCGGAACUCCGCUGGGCGGGUCGCCAUCAUCGACGGCGGCGGCCGCUUUGUUGCAGCCGGAUAUUUAUGCGCAGGGCGACAUUUACCGCCGGCCCACAGUUUUCGUUUCACAGGCGGCACCUAGCUAUGCCUACGCCAACCGGGCGGUGGUGGCCCCACCUCCGGCCCACAACAGCUCCAGUCGUCAGGUGAUACCAUCACACCCGCUGCCAGCUCACAUUCAGAUACCCACCCAGUACAGCCAGUUUGGACCGCUCAGUCCUGCCCAGGUAGCCGCCAGCAAACACGCGGCGCACUUCGCGCCCACCAACAUAUGGUAUGGGGCUGAGUAGACCGACGAUGGGAGUUGACGGGGAGAGGGGCGAUGAGGAGAGACGCGGGACAAGGAUGUGCACCCACCCAGAACCAUGAACUAAGAACCACCCAACCACACACCGCACAACACCACCAUCACCACUGUUGUUAUGAUCUUGAGCUAGAGCCCGAUCGAAUGAUUCAACGCUCGAAUCUUUUGUGGCCUCGGGCGAGGCAGGUGAUCAGCCGGAGCAAAGCCAAGAGCUGCAGCAACAGCAACAGCAGCUGCAGCUAACUCAGUGCUGGUGGUUCAUGCUGCUCAUGCAGCAGACUAUCAUCCACAACAACUCCAUGCUGCAGGCGGGCAGCGACGACGCCGCAGCAACGGCAGCAUCAGCAUCAGCAUUAGCAACAUCCUCAGACACAACUGCAACACGUAAAGCACGCCGCCAACGUUAAGCCAUGUCCAAGUCCCCGAACCUCGUUGCCAGUUCUCAGCUAGUUUUUUUCGAGGUCCCGUGGGAUCUCACUUCUGCUACUAUUAAUUUUUAUUAUUUUUUUAAAUAAUAUUAAAUAUAUAAAUGUAAAGCACUCCUACACGCAGCUGGGUGUACAGUGCUCAGGUAAACUUUUGGCUAGUUGUGUAUCAGCACAACGCCACACCCACACACACACACUACAGCUAUAGCUUCUAUACCCUCGAAAUAUGCGAAUUAGGUGCAUAUCGAGCGAUGUUUUUCUUCACGAAACGAAAGCGUUUUAUUAAUGUGUGUUGUGUGUUUUAUUGAUAACUUCCACAUAAUAUUCUCUAUUAUCCACUUAUAUAUUAUAUACAUGCAUAUGUAACACUAUUAUUAUGAAUACUAUAUAUCAAGAGAAUGCUAAACAAAACUAGAGUUUACGGCACGUCGACAACUGCAACAUUAGGCCAGAGGGCCAGUAAGAGAAAGCUUCGAAAUUCCCUAGCAAGUACCUCAGAAAAUCAAAAACCUAGCAGCAGCAGCAACAACAGCAACCAGAUAAGAAAAUAAACAACAUUGUUAUGCAAUUUGCCUUUUACACAAAACAAGCAACAAAACAAAUUGAGACGACGAAAGACGAUGAAGAUUAUGAUCAGGAUUAUGAUUAUGAUUAUGAGUAUGAGUAUGAUUACGAUAAUAAUGCAGGAGCAGGAGUUAGACGAGGUUAGUAGAGAACCACAACAAAUUGAAUACCGCAAAAACCUUACUAGCAAACAAACAAACAAACAAGCAAAUAAAAUAGAUACCCUAGGAGAUAUCAACAAAGAACUUAACAAUUACAUAGCUCAUAGAUUUAGUGGAUAGAACGGGAGAAGGUUAAAGGGCGAACGUUUUUUACACACUCGUAACUCACUCAUAGGAAUAGCCGAGAAAAGAAUUACAACUAACAACUAACAGAUAACGGAUAACAAUUCUAAAUUAUGUUUAACGAGCAACAACAAAUAAUUAUAGGAACAAGUGUACAUAAUACGCAUAUACUUACAUAUAUAUAUCGGUACUAAAGCUAGUUGGGCUCCGGCAACUAAAAGCCGAUUUUGAAACUGAUCAGUUGUUAAAGUCAGGUCAGCGAAGCCAGUUAGUCUGCGGUACGUUUAAUUUUUAGACUUCACAUUUCUUUUUAACCUCUCUGUGUCCCGGAACAAGAUCUGCGUUUUGGUUCUUCUCUUAAAUGGGAAAGCGCAUAAGAAUGUUUACUAAAGUACAAAACCUAACAAAAAUAACAAGCAAUCUAGCAGUUUAGGCUUUUAGAGUUUGUCCCACUACAAAUCCCUUGUUUUAGGCUUUUCCCCAGCGAAGAAGAUGUAAUAUAUAGAAUCCAAUUUUGAUAUGUACAAACCUGGCUUACUUUAACUCGCCCACUAUAGAUCCUUAAUAUAAAAUAUAAACUAAACUAUAAAUCUUGUUAAAUAGGUUUCCUAAAGUAUUUCGUAGUUAGAAUUAAACAUAACUCUUUGCGAUUAAAUAACCGAGCAGCAACUAAUUUCUCGCCCUCCUGGGCUCGAUUACUCGGUUAUCUUAACCGGGAGUUUAGAAAGAUCGGUCCUUCGAGGGUGGCACUUCCUAUAUAAUGAAUUAUACUGAUACAGAGCAGAAAUAUUUAAACCAUCCUUCGCCCCUUCCCAAUUCAGCUGUGUACAGUAGGCUAUUUCGGGAUCGGGUUGAAUUAAAAUUAACUCCGACGAUUGGAAAUGAUCGAUCUAGCAUAUAAUUAUUGUGAUGUAGUUUUUAACGAGCGAGAAGCAGGCAGAGAAGUCCGCAAACGUUUUUUGUCAGUCGUCGUCGGCGAAUAGAAAUUACCUAAAAUUACGAAUAACCAAUUGAGAUACGGAUACGGAAUAUGCAUCUAUCUGUUAACUAAUUAGUGUGCAGGAUUCAAUAGCGUUAGCACGACAACAAAUCGUUUUUUUAACCAAGCAAAUACAUUUUUAACAAGCGAGUAAUAACACUUUUUGUAGUAGGCAAGGGAGAUAAAUUGUAGCAUACAUAGACGUAAUUAAGAAACGUUAGUGUUGUGAAUAUAUACGAGUAAAUACGAAAACAUAGAAACCUAGAUUCUAGAUUCUAGACGUGGUUCGAGUACAUUUAUAUUAUGGAUAUAUAUUUUGUGUAUAAACAAUAACGGCAACCAGCAGCUAACAAUUGUAAUUGUAAUAAACAAUAAACGAAAACCACAACUCGGCAGUUUAAGAUUCUUGUUUAAAGCCGAGAGAGAGAGAACCUUAUCUAGAUAAUAGACAUAGAUGUAUUCAGCAAGUUCUUUUUUUAUAGAAAUUUUAUGGACCAUUCAACUAAAGCAUGUAGUCAAAUAAGCAUGAAUAUUGUAUAAACAAAACAAAAAACAGCUGUGUGACCGUUUAGAUGUCAGCGGAAAGUUGCGAUCUGUGUUUCCGAUUUGUGUUUCUUGUCCUGCACCCACUCAGUGUGCGAACUUAUAUUAUAAUAUAUUAUAUUAACUUUGUAUAUGCUAAAUAUCUGUAUCUGCGAGGGCAGACGAACUUUUCUUCUCUUUCUACUCAAUAUUUAGGAGCAUCAAUUAGGAGAAAGCAAACCAGAAAAAACAAAAAACAAGAAAACAAAUCAUGAACGCUUUAAAUGUAACAAAAACGAAACGUUAAUAGACUUAUGAAAACAACAAACAAACAAACAAAUUAAAUUUAUAUUAAACGACAAAUUAAAUUUAUAUUAACAAGCAACAAAUUACAUUUAUAUUUAAAGAAAAUCAACAUCAACAAAUUAAACUUAUAUUAAACAAACUCACACUCACACUCAAUAAACAGGCAGCCGGCAGUUGGAGCCACCCCGGUCGUUAGCAGACUUUUGUGGCCCACUGUCGGAGGACUUGUAUUUAGGAGGAGGAACUCUGGGUGGCUUCCACCAGCAGCGAAGUGAGCGGAGAGAUCCACACAAACACUCUAAUAUACGUAUAUAGUAUAUAUUUAAAUGAGAAAUGUUUUAACUGUGUAGCCUUAGUAUUUGUACUCGUCGUCCUCUCGAUUUCCGACAAAAAAAUAUGAUGAUAUGAUGAUAUGAUAUACGAUACUGAUACUGUAGAGCGAGUAAUGCCGAUCGAUGUUUACUAAUUAUACUAUAUUUCAUAUGUACUUGUUUAAUCGUACUGAGUUCGGAUGAGUUGCCCCUACUUUACUAUUUUAACCAUUUAAAUGUACUUUUAAUUUACUUUGUUUCUUUGCUUAACUUUGUUUAAUAAUGGAACAUAGCCACAACAUAUACCAUAUAUAUAUUGCUUACAUUUACUUAUGUCCUACAAAAUAUAGAGAUCGUAAAUAUACAUAACAGAUAUUGCAA